UUUCAUAUAUUGGAAUCAACCAUGCCCAUUCUUCUGGCGACUGCAGGAUGAGAGCUUGUCGUUCAAAUCACAGGCAUGCAUCUCGCAAUGAGAUCAUUUGUGUUAUAAAUAUCACCGUGCCAGCAGUAGCCUUUGCAUGGAUAUGCCUGGUGGAGACACCACACGCCGUGGUUGGUGCAAGGAGCAAAGGAUCAGCAAAAUGCGGGCAUUGUCCUAGCAGGGAGCACCCCGGAGAGAUCCGCUGGAAGAAUGCGCUUCCACUACCUCGUCCUCCUCUUUCUGAAUCACACUGUCCGCUUCUCUCCAGGGUACAGUGAGCAGGUACCGUCCGCAGAACUACUUCGAGGUACAACAAAUGAGAACUCCACUGUCUUGCAGAACCGUAAAUCGCUGAGGAACAUGUACCAAUGGAAUAGACCUGGGCCCCGCACUGGAAGACUUUAUUGCAGAGUUGGAAUUGGUUUUCAUUUGCAGAUCCAGCCUGAUGGCAAAGUCAGUGGCUCGCAUGAAGCCAACCUAUUCAGUAUUUUGGAAAUAUUCGCCGUGUCUCAGGGGAUAGUGGGAAUUCGAGGAAUUUUUAGCAACCGAUUUCUAGCAAUGAAUAAAAAGGGGAAACUUCACGCAACCACCAAGUUUACAAAUGAAUGCAUUUUCAAGGAGAGAUAUCAAGAAAACAGUUACAACACUUACGCCUCGGCCACUUACAAAAGCGAAAACAAUAGCCGAGAGUGGUACGUGGCUUUAAAUAAACGCGGGAAAGUGAAAAUGGGGAACAGCCCUCGAGUGAAACCUCAACACAUUUCGACACAUUUCCUUCCACGGUUCAAACAGUCUGAGAAAGAAAAAACGUUCAAAAUUACUCGGAAAGUCCCAGAUAAAAAAACGCCACCCAAAUCUCCAAAACCACCUCCUGCAACAAUUAUCCGCAGGAAGAGUACAAGUGUUAUCAGAUAUAGGCCCAAAUUUCGUUUUGGAUAGCAAAUUGAUUGAACUCGUCUUAUUUGGUUCGGGGGACAGUGACUUUGUUGGAAAGCAACUGUGGUGUACCGGGGAUGCACAGGGAGGCAAGAGUGACUCCUUCCGCCAAAGGGAGACACCAGCCAUCGCCCUCACUCCUAACCCCUGCGCGCCGUACCGGCAGUGUGGAACAGGAGAGGUAUGACAGUGUUGUAAGGAUGCUGUAUCAGCAUUAGGAAUGCGAAUCUGUACGGGUAUAACACAAAAAACAGACUGUUUGUUAGCAGAACAUAAAAAUCGUUCAUUUGCAUUGGAAAAUUUAUGUUAGGCUCUGAGGGAAAGAUGCGAUUAUUGAACAUAAAAUCACGUUUGGUAAAGGAAGCAAAUAACAUUUUGCCCCAGUAGAAAUGUUGAAUAUGGUUUCAAAAACGUUGAAUCCUUCUUUAUUUUCAUAGCCCUUUUCCAGAGAUUAAAAAGAAAACAUUUUUUUCUAAGCACAAACAGGGAAAUAUGUUCAUUUGUUUUCUCUCGGUAACAUAGUGAGACCUCACCACUACGCGAUAAUGUCGGUUUAUUUCUGCUUGGAAAGCGCAUGCAACAAUUAGUUUUUUGGAGUGGUCAUACUUUGGUGGUGCACGACCUUUGAACCCACCUUUCUUUGACGGAACAGCUGGAAGGAUGGAUUACAGGCCGUCGAUCAAACUAUCACUUC